AAAACUGUCAAGUUCGUCUGAUAUUUCAACCAUUUCUCUCUCUCUUUCUUUCUCUCUAAGGGUGAAGAAAAGAUUGAAGAUGAAGCUUGUUGUGUUCACCUGCCUGUUGGCAGUUGUAUCAUUCAUGGCUGAAGGCAGUACAUGUAUUGGCAAAACUGUGGAAGUCUGGGUGACAAAUGGCAUCGGUCUUACAGGUGACGGACUUGCAGACCCAGAUCCUUAUGUUUUGGUGCAAAUCGAUGGCAAAACCCAAAGAACCAGAGUCAUUCAUUCAAAUUCCAACCCAGGAUGGUGGCAGACGUUCAGAUUUUACUCUCCCAGCACCAACUUCAUGAGAAUUGAGGUCUGGGAAAAAGAUGGCGGGCUUCGUGGUGAUGAUGACCACCUGGGAACCUGCGUAGAGGACAUGGUCUCCCAAGGCAACCGUUUCCAGCAUAUACAGUGCACUGUGAAGGACGGCGGUGUUGUAAAGCUCUUGUACAAGUGCACCUAAAUGUAACCUGCUCUUGAAAAUGAAAGAGUUCAAUGUGGAGUGUGGAAAAAUACACCGUCUCGUUGAAAUAUUUGGUUGUAAAAUGCAACUUAUUUUGGAUAUUUUUGUUUAUACUUUUUUCCAACAAUAUUGUUCUUGUUCCAUGUUUUUUUCCAUGUUGUUGGAUUCCAAAAAACAUUUUAAGCUCUACUGUCAAAUGCCAGUGUUUUGCCAAAUUCACUCACCAGUGAGUGUUUGGUAACAAGCUGUUAAACAGGUGAAGCAUUAACACAAAUCCAUCACCGUAAUUUGUUUGUAAUUACAAACUGUGUUCACAACACCAUUUUGUCUUAUUAUUGUUGGCUUUUGAAACACUGCAGCUGCCCAGCAUCUUUUUUUUUUUUUUUGCAAUGCCACAACUAUUUCCUGAGAGAAUUCUGUUUUAAAGGAGAAAGUGAUGAAUAAAAUGAAGGCAAUAGUA